UCCCUGGUACCUACACUAGGUACAGUACCUGAUUUUUGCUUGGCUUGCUCACUUGCCAUAACAUCAGGGCAAAACAAGCCUUUACAGUACAGUUCCCAUACGCUGGAUUUAGGUGUGACAAUAAAUACGCAUUUCGAGCCAAUACUGAGCCCAAUGUGUGGCACCAUGUGUCACGCCGUUACCCAGCGCUUACAGCAUUUACUGAAUGCCCCAUUAUCAGAUAGGUACCAACUCCGUGGGGCAAUUUUCAUCCAAGCGCGCACCGUCACUGCAAGAGACGCCUUGCAACUGCCACCACUCACCCACGGGGACACAAACCAAACCAACUGCAUGAUCCGCUCGCUCGCCCUGAAGAUGGCCGAAAACGCUGCGAAACGCCUCAAGACCGGCAGCGGCAUAGUCACUAUCGGCACGCACAAUGGCCACUUCCACGCCGACGAGGCGCUGGCAGUCUACAUGUUGCGGACCCAUAUCCCGGCCUACUCGGGCGCGAGGCUCGUGCGGACGCGGGACCCCAAGCUUCUGGACGAGUGCCACACCGUAGUCGAUGUCGGCGGUGAGUACGACCCGGCCCGCAACCGCUACGACCACCACCAGCGCACCUUCGCGACCUCGUUCCCCGACCGGCCGACCAAGCUGAGUAGCGCCGGGCUGGUGUAUCUGCACUUCGGCCGCGAGAUCGUCGCCCGCCGCCUGGCCCAGCCGGAGGACAGCCCGCAGGUGGGCAUGGUGUGGCGCAAGCUCUACGAGAGCUUCAUCGAGGCGCUGGACGCGCACGACAACGGCAUCAGCGUCUACGACGCUGCGGCGCUCGCGGCCGCGGGGCUGGAGAAGCAAUUCUCGGACGGCGGGUUCACGCUGGGCGCCAUGGUUGGCCGGCUGAAUCCCAACUGGAACGACCCGAUUCCCGAGGACCCCGCCGCGGCGCAGGAAGCCGAAGACAGGCGGUUCGAGCUGGCCAGCCAGCGCAUCGGCGAGGAGUUCGACCGCGACCUGGACUACUUCACGCGCGCGUGGCUGCCCGCGCGGGAGGUGGUCGCGGAGGCGUUCGCGGCGAGGCACGAGUACGACAGCGAGGGUCGCAUUGUGGUGCUCAAGCGGCAGGCGGCGCCGUGGAAGGAUCAUCUGUACAGCCUGGAGGAGCAAGAGCCCCAGGGCGGCAAGGUUCUCUACGUCCUGUACCCGGAGAAGCCGGUCCCGGGAGCCAAGUGGAGGAUCCAGUGCGUGCCGGUCGCCAAGGACUCUUUCCAAAGUAGGAGACCGCUGCCCGAGGCCUGGAGGGGUUCCCGUGACGAGGAACUGGAUGGGCUGUCUGGGAUAAGCGGGUGCGUCUUCGUGCAUGCGUCCGGCUUCAUCGGCGGCAACAAGACUUUUGAGGGGGCGCUAGCAAUGGCGAAGAAGGCGCUUGACAUUUGACAGGCGGGCGCGACACAACCGAGCUCACGUACUCUUGCCGCUGCCAAGCGAGUCGUCCGUGACGCAGUAAGACUGGAAGCUCAAGCGGGCGGCAGGCACCGGAAUGGAAGCGGAUAACGUUUCAGGUCCAGGCAGAGAGAUGCCAGAAUUCUGGGUAACCCAUAUCU